CUUCCUCCAGUCUUCCUCCACUGAUUGAUGGUGAAUGUGAAAUGAGCUUAGUUCUCGUAUAUGAGAGCCUCUAUAUGAUUUUAUAGUAAGCUUGGUUGGCAGCUUUUUUAUUACUAAUACUUUUUACUUUUGAGUGACAAUCCUCAUAUUUCUCAACAUGAAGUGAAGGCUCUGACGGCUGCAUUGCAUGAAAGAAAAAAUAAAUUAGGCCUUCUAAUUAAGAGAGAGGAGUGUUCUUUUCCAUUGUUAGAAAAACUUGAUCCUUAAUUCUUUAGUUUUUUCAUUUCUAGGUUUUUAAAACCUCUCUUUAUCAUGCAAGCAGUGUUCAUUAUAAAGGAGCAGAAUCGCAGAAGGACACACCAGAGACAGACAAAAGUCGACCAAGGACUAAGUCACCAUCGCACAAGAUGCGUGCGCGGCACAAAGAGACAGAUCAACAUCAGGUCUUUCCUGGAAUGAAAAAUUAAACUCAUAGAAAUGGACCUUUCCUUUUAGGGCUGGAUGAUUUGUCAGGCCUAUGUUACUGGUGAGAGAUACAACAUUCAUGGAAUUAAUAGUUACCUGAGCAAAAUGGCAAAAUAUCAGGCAACAUUUAUACCAGAAGAUGAACCAAAUGUUCUCAGAGUGUGCAUUAAAGACAAAAAUGGUGAAAACAGUGGAGAAGUGUUCUUCUUUAGAUGGCUUGGAUCUUUAGUGUUAUGGAAUGUUUGUGGUGCUGAGGAGCAGUAUUUUAAAAAGAUUGCACAGCUAUUCCAAGAUGGAGGCCUUGAUACGGCACUUACUGACACAGAAGAUGAACAACUGUUAUUUUCCUACUCCAAAAAUUCCACUACUCUUCACAGCGGAAGGAUAGUAUUAAAUGAAAAUUCAACAGAAGACAUAAUGGCUUUAGAGAAAUAUGCUUUUUCGAAUGCUUUAGCUUUGUCGGUUAAACUUGCCAUCUGGGAGUCUGUCUUAGAUCAAUAUGUGGAAUCCAUCCGGUGGGUCCCAGAGGAUUUGAGGAAAGGAAGGAAAGUGAGAAUGUCAAGAAAAGAAGUGCUAGAGAAAACAGGAGAGCUUAUAUCUCUCAGGUACAAAAUCAAUUUGUCCUCUGAUCUUCUGAUGACCCCAGACUUUUACUGGGACAGAGAAAACCUGGAAAACUUAUAUGACAAAACUUGUGUCUACCUGGACAUUCACAAAAGGACAAGGGUGGUAAAUGAGAAAUUGAAUCACUGUUCUGAGAUGGUGGAGUUGUUGAGAACACACCUCAGUGAAAAACAUUCAUUCAGGCUGGAGUGGGGAAUAAUUGCACUGAUAGCUGUUGAGGUUGUCUUUGAGACAUUGUAUUUAAUAGAGAGAUACUUCCCAUUCAGAUGACCUUGGCCUUAAAGAAAACCAUAUCAAAGCAAGCAAUCCACAACAUUUUGUUGCACUCAUGAGGAACCUUAAAUGGUUUCAACAAAUUAUUUUAGAUCCAGUCAUUGUCCUAAUCCUUUUUUAUUACAUAAGAUCACUUUUUUAGCACAUGUAACACAUAUUUUAGGCUGGAUAACAAUCCAAUAAAUAUAUUUAAGAAAUAAACUUAACAAUACAAUUUGAAGAAAAUACAAGAAUGUAUCUAGUGAGUCACUGUGAGGGAAGUUAAGAAAACAGGUCCUUGCCAUUAUCUCUUUCUAUAAGUUUCAGUGUGAUGUAUUGUCCAAAGGAAAAAAAAAAACAGAAAAUAUAACAAAGGUUGAAAAAGUUGUUGAACUUGGUUAACAUUUAAAAAAAUAUAUUCAUAAUGACUAUCAUGAUGUCUAGCAGAUCAAUCGAUAAUUUAUAUGUUUUAUUAUCAUUAUGAUAUUAUUCGCCUCUUUUGUCUGUGAUUGUCCUUAAUUUAACCAUUUCUUGCUAAAUGACUCCAUAUCUACAAACAGAUGUAUAUUAUUUUGUUUAUAACAAAAACACCACAGGCCUUUACUGACAAGAAACGUAGACUUAAUUAAUGAGUAGCAAUGUCAAACUUGUUCAAAAAAAUUGUAAUUUUUCAUGUGCAGUUGUGGCUUUUCUCAAGGCUGAAAAUCUUAGUAAAACACUACACUUUAUAUCCAAAAUAAAAACUAAGAAUAA